AUGUCAUUCUUUCGACCAACUCAUAUAUACACUCAUUUACGCCACAAUAUCCCUUCAUUACAAUGGCAGCAAGCCGAUUCUUCUACAAAAGGUGAUCCGCGAAAGAGCGUCAAAUGGAUCGAUGGUCUGCGUGGAAUAGCUUCUUUCCUCGUAGUCCUCACCCAUCUCGCCCGAGCAUGGGACUACGAUCUUUUCUCACCCCGAGAUACCGAAGACGCCACGCCCCGAAUCUUACAAUGGCCCAUUCUACGAAUCCCCUGGCAAGGCAGGAUAGGCGUGACCAUAUUCGCUUUCUUAACAGGAUACGUUUGCGCCUUAAAACCAAUUAAACAAUCCCGUGCAGGCGAUACAUACGGCGCCUUCACCACCAUCGCAAAAAGCGCUUUCCGUCGACCACCGCGUCUUAUCUUCCCAGCUACUAUUGCAUUGAUCAUCUCAUGGGUUGUUGCGCAGUUUGGUGGAUUUAUUGUCGCUAAUCGGUCGGAUUGCUGGUGGUGUCGAUAUGCGGCACCGGAAGUGGAGAAUUCCUUGUGGAAGGAGAUUAUUCGGCUGGGAAUGAAUUUCUUGUCGACGUGGACUACGGGCUAUAUGGCAUACGAUGAUCAUCAGUGGGCGCUUUUGCCGUUGCUUUUGGCCUCCAUGCUGGUUUACCUUUUGCUUGUUGCGACUAUGUUUAUGAGAUUUCGAUUUCGGGUUUUGGUUUAUAUUGGGAUGAUUCUAUAUUUUCAUCAGGAUGCGGCGAAAGAUACUGAAACAUUUCAAAUACAGGCCGUAUACGGCAUGUUUCUCAGUGAUCUCUCCUAUAACGCCACCCUCAAAUCUUGGAUCGAAAACCACCGUUAUCUCCGGAAAGCCAUCACAUUCCCACUCGCAGUAGCAGGACUACUGAUAGCCUCUUACCCAGGCGAGCACCCCGAAUGGGCAACAUGGUCAAAUGCCAUGUUCGAAGCAGCCAACUACAUUUUCCCACCGAAUGUUAACAUCGGAAAACGAUACACAGCCCUGGGAAUCGAUAUGAUCAUCUUCGCCAUAUACCUCUCACCCUCAACAAAGAACUUCUUAGCAAACCGCCUACUUCUCUGGUUAGGAAAACAGAGUUUCGCAGUCUACCUUAUCCACGGCACUAUGCUUCGCGUUGUGCUUUGUUGGAUGCUUUAUGGAAUUAGCGGACAACCAUGGAACGGCGAUGAAGCAGGCACAGACGAUGAUAGAGACGACUGGUUACCCUUGAGACCACCGUGGGUUGUUGGUGUUAGUAUUCCAGUGUGGAUUGGUCUUGUGUAUACUUUCGCGGCAGCUUGGACGGCAUAUGUGGAUCCAUUUUGUGCGAGGAUGGCGGCCAAGUUGGAGAAGGCUGUUUUUGUGGAGGAUGAGAAGGCGAGUUUACCUUUGCCUACUGCUUCUAUUCCAAUGCAGACAGCUUAG